GCGGGGGCGACCGGACCCCGCCACCCGCGCCCGGCCCAGAUCACUCCGAGCACCCAGCACCAGCUCAGAGGCAGCCCCGACCGCCCUCACCUUCUCGCCCUAACUUUUCUUAAACUUGCGGGUGAGGAGGAAGCUGCCGCCCCGUCCCCCCCUAGCCGCCACGAUCCGCACUUGAACUCCGCCGCGCGGGCCUUCCACCUUGCGCCGCCCCGCGCGCGGGCGUGGAGUGGCUGCCGGGAAAGCCCGAUGAACUCUCCAGAAAGUGCGUGAAGGAGGGUCGGGCAGCCGCGCUCGGCUCGGGGGGCGCGCGGGGUCUCCCUCGGGGAGCGCGCGGCAGCAGAGCCGGGGAGAGACUGUGGACCGUGACCGUGCGGCCCCGGCGGACCUCCGCGCAGUAAUGCCAACAUGAUGUUUCACUCAGAUCAAAUGUGGAACUGCCGUUGGAAAUGGAAGCCAAGUUCUCUUCUGCUCUUAAUUGCUUUAUGUACUGUGUACCUUCCUCUUCCAGCGUGGAGCUGUGCCAACUGCAGAGUCGUCCUAUCCAGCCCUUCGGGGACAUUUACUUCUCCGUGCUAUCCAAAUGACUACCCGAAUAGCCAGGCUUGCAUGUGGACCCUGCGAGCCCCCACCGGCUACAUCAUUCAGAUAACGUUUAAUGACUUUGACAUUGAAGAAGCUCCCAAUUGCAUCUAUGACUCCUUAUUCCUUGAUAAUGGAGAGAGCCAGACUAAAUUUUGUGGAGCAACUGCCAAAGGCCUAUCGUUUAACUCCAGUGCGAAUGAGAUGCAUGUGUCCUUCUCCAGUGACUUCAGCAUCCAGAAGAAAGGCUUCAAUGCCAGCUACAUCAGAGUUGCUGUGUCCUUAAGGAACCAGAAGGUCAUUUUACCCCACACACUAGACAGUUAUCUGGUGUCUGUUGCCAAAAGUGUCUCUAUUCCAGAGCUCAGCGCUUUCACUCUCUGUUUUGAAGCAACCAAAAUGGGCAAGGAAGACCACGAAUGGAUAGCCUUCUCCUACUCCAAUGCAUCCUCCGCACAGUUACUCAGUUUUGGAAAGGCCAACGGUGGCUACUUUCUUUCUAUUUUGGGCUCAAAAUGUGACCUAAACGGUUUGCUACGUGUCAAGGAUAAAGAAGACAUUUUCACAGAGAGCUUUGAGCAGCUCUGCAUCAUGUGGAAUAAUUCUCUGGGCUCUGUUGGUGUCAAUUUCAAGAGAAACUAUGAAGUAGCUUUCUGCGAUGCUGCCCUUAAUAAAGUGAUUCCUGGAAAUGGGAAAUUGUUGUUAGGCUCCAGUCACAAUGAAAUUGCCUCUCUCAAAGGGGACAUUUAUAACUUCCGACUUUGGAAUUUUACCAUGAAUCCCCAAAUCCUCUCCAACCUCAGCUGUAACGUGAAAGGGAAUGUGGUCGACUGGCAGAAUGACUUCUGGAAUAUCCCAACCCUAGCUCUGAAAGCCGAGAGCAACCUAAGCUGUGGUUCCUACCUGAUCCCACACCCGGCUGCAGAACUAGCCAACUGUGCAGAUUUGGGGACCCUCUGCCAAGCUACUGUAGACUCUGCUAGUACUACACCACCCAUUGUCACCACUAACAUGCCUGUUACUAAUAGAAUCGAUAAACAAAGGAAUGAUGGAAUUGUCUUUAGAAUUUCCAUAGUGAUUCAAAACAUCCUUCAUCACCCUGAGGUUAAAGUGCAGAACAAGGUGGCGGAAUGGGUAAGGUGCAUAGUAUUCCAUUCUGUGGCUCUCAAUUCAACCUUCCAAAAUUGGAACUACACUGUUUAUGUGGUCAAUAUCAGGUUGGUGAUCUGGGCCCUUCUAGUUUACAAUGCUACCAACAAUCCCAAUUUAGAAGGAAAAGACAUUCAACAGAAGCUCUUAAAAAAUAACGAGUCCUUGGAGGAGGGCUUGAGGCUCUAUGCAGUGAGUGUAAAACAACUGGGCUUGUGUUACGCUGAUGAGGAGCCCAACGGCUACCAAUGGCCACUCAUCUCACCGUCUGUCUACAACCUCCCUUGUCCUGGGAGGCAAGGCUUCUAUGCUUCACGGACAUGUUACCGUGACCUUACCAACAUGUCUUUAGCUUACUGGGGGCCUCCUGACAUCUCCAAUUGUUCGAGAGAAGCAAAUGAAGUGGCCAACCAGAUUUUAAAUUUAACUGGUGAUGGGCAGACCUUAAGCUCAGCCAAUAUUACCAGCAUUGUAGAGCAGGUCAAAAGGAUUGUGAAUAAAGAAGAAAACAUUGAUAUAAUGCUUGGUUCAACUUUAAUGAAUAUAUUUUCUAAUAUCUUAACCAGUCCAGACAGUGACCUGCUUGAGUCUUCUUCUGAAGCUUUAAAAACAAUUGAUGAAUUGGCCUUCAAGAUAGACCUAAAUAGCACAUCACACGUGAAUAUUACAACUCGGAAUUUGGCUCUUGGAGUAUCUUCCCUGUCCCCAGGGACAAAUGAAGUUUUAAAUUUUAGCAUCGGUCUUCCAAGCAAUAAUGAAUCCUAUUUCCAGAUGGAUUUUGAGAGUGGACAAAUGGAUCCAUUGGCUUCUGUAAUUUUGCCUCCAAACUUACUUGAGAAUUUAAGUCAAGAAGAUUCUGUAUUAGUUAAAAGAGCACAAUUUACUUUCUUCAAUAAAACUGGACUUUUCCAGGAUGUAGAAACCAAGAAAGGCACCUUAGUGAGUUAUGUGAUGGCAUGCAGUAUUGGAAACAUCACUAUCCAGGGUCUGAAAGAUCCUGUUCGAAUUAAAAUCAAACACACAAGAAACCAGGCAGUGCCUCAUCCCAUCUGUGCCUUCUGGGAUCUGAACAAAAAUGAAGGUUCGGGAUUUUGGAACGCGUCAGGAUGUGCGGCACACAGAGACUCAGAAAAAGAAGCCAGUGUUUGCCCAAGGGCUCACAUUGGCCAUGGUGGGCUCCUUCUCGACCUUCAAGGAACCGCCUCUCAGAUAGAUGCAAGAAACACCAGGGUCCUCACCUUCAUCACCUAUGUUGGGUGUGGGAUAUCUGCCAUCUUUUCGGCAGCAACUCUGCUGACAUAUGUCGCUUUUGAAAAGCUGCGCAGGGACUAUCCCUCCAAAAUCUUGAUGAACCUGAGCACCGCCCUGCUGCUCCUCAACCUCCUCUUCCUCUUGGAUGGCUGGAUCACCUCGUUCCACGUGGAGGGCCUCUGCACUGCCGUCGCUGCCCUGCUCCAUUUCUUCCUCCUGGCAACCUUCACCUGGAUGGGGCUGGAAGCAAUUCACAUGUACAUUGCGCUGGUGAAAGUGUUUAACACUUACAUUCGCCGAUACAUACUGAAGUUCUGCAUCAUUGGCUGGGGUCUGCCUGCCUUAGUUGUGUCCAUUAUCCUGGCAAGCAAAAACCAAAAUGAGGUCUACGGAAAACAAAGUUACGGAAAAGAACAAGGCGAUGAAUUCUGUUGGAUUCAGGAUCCAGUCGUAUUUUAUGUGACCUGCGCUGGGUAUUUUGGAGUCAUGUUUUUCCUGAACGUUGCCAUGUUCAUCGUGGUAAUGGUGCAGAUCUGUGGGAGGAAUGGCAAAAGAAGCAACCGGACCCUACGCGAGGAGGUUUUAAGGAACUUGCGCAGUGUGGUCAGCCUGACGUUUCUGCUGGGCAUGACGUGGGGUUUUGCUUUCUUUGCCUGGGGACCCUUAAAUGUCCCUUUUAUGUACCUCUUCUCUGUCUUCAAUUCACUACAAGGCUUAUUUAUAUUUAUUUUCCACUGUGCUAUGAAAGAGAACGUUCAGAAACAGUGGAGGCGUCAUCUCUGCUGUGGUAGAUUUCGGUUAGCAGACAACUCAGACUGGAGCAAGACAGCUACCAAUAUCAUCAAGAAAAGUUCUGACAAUCUAGGAAAGUCUUUGUCCUCAAGCUCCAUUGGGUCCAACUCAACAUACCUUACAUCCAAAUCAAAAUCCAGCUCCACCACCUACUUCAAAAGGAAUAGCCACACUGACAAUGCUUUUGUGGACAAGUCCUCAUCCAAAUUGACCCAUGCCGAUGGAGAACAAACAUCAAUCAUCCCCGUCCACCAAGUCAUUGAUAAGGUCAAGGAUUAUUGCAAUGCUCAUUCAGAUAACUUCUAUAAAAAUAUUAUCAUGUCAGACACCUUCAGCCACAGCACAAAGUUUUAAUAUGUUUAGUAGAAGAAAGAAGAAUCUGUCAACAAAAAUGUAAAAAUCUGCAAGCAGUGGAAACUAUGACUGGCACGUGUGAACGUGCUAUGACCUAGGUAACUGCUUGUUCAUGUAGGAGGAAGGUAUUUUGUUAAGAAAACUUUUGUAAAAUUUUAAAAUCUGUCUUUUCAGUGUAUUUCUUCCAUGUGGGAGUUUCCACCAUCACUAAAACUUUAGUACUGAGAACAGCAUGACCCAAUAGGUACAGGGGAUAUGAUUUUUUACAUAUAUAAUUGGAUCAGAUUGAUCAGAACUCGAGAAGAUGGGGGACAUUAAAGUUAGUGGACGAGGGAGGGGCAGCGCUCAGGAAGGGUACUUAAUGGCUCAUCACAGCCCACUGUUAGGUUUUGGAUGUGGCCGUUUGCUACAUCAUCUUUCUCAACAAUGAGAAACAUACAAAUAGUCAUGACUAUUUGGGGGUGCCUAAGUCCCAGUGCUAGUUUCUAUGAAUGCAUUUCUACUUUUUCAAUAACAUUUCAACUACAGAUACAAAAGAAUACUUAAUGUCUGAUCCAAAGGUUAGGAAGGAAUUCUUUCUUAUUCUACCAAAUGCUUAACCUUCAAGACACUAAUAUGUUUAAGAAAGAAAGCAUUUCCAAAAUUUUGACCCAGUUGCUAUGAAUCCCUGUACACUUCUACUGUUUCACUUGUCCUGCUCAAGCCACAAGCCUUAAGCAUCAUCAUGAAUUAGAAUUUAAUCCCAUAUAUUUGAAACUAGUAUGAUGUUGACAUUCCAUUAAUGUGGACUUCCAUCUACUUGUUGAAGAAUGAAUCCCUUAGGCCUCUGGUUUUUCUCUACUAUCAUUUGAACCCACAGUCUUAUGGGAGGAACAAGAAUUUUUAUUAGGCAUAUUGUGUAUAAUAGUCUCUCCCUUUUAGAAAAUAUAAUCAUUGAGACUCUAUGGUCCUGUUCUUGCUCUAGAGACUAAGACAUUUCCAUUUGCACAAUUAGAAAGCCUCUUUCUUUUCAAGUGUUUUUUUUUGUUCCAGAGAAUAUAAACUGAGGCAUAUGGGUGACUUGUUAUAAUCAAAAUAAUUUAUAAACAUGUGGGUCUGUAAUUGCUAGUCUAAAAACCAUUUGUACAUAAGUGUCCUCUGAUUAUAAGAGCCAGGGCACGUCUGGCAAGAUAGAUGGUGUGUUAUUUAUGGAUUAGGCUUCUGCAUGUAAGGCAUGUAUAUUAAGCAGUUUUCCUAAUUUUCAAAUGACCCUAAGUAAUAUACUUGCUAGUGAGUUUGUUGGAGACAACAUUUAAAUUGCUUUUUAAGUAAUGGGAUUGUAUCUAGGUCCUUAGAAAUUGGUCUCAGUAUAUGUUGUACCUUUACAUUUGCUCUAGGUUAUCUGGGAAGGUUUGGGUUCUGGGAGAUAUAAUCCUAAGUGACCAGGAGAUAGGACAUUCUGGCACCACCAGUCUACUUAAAGGCAGAGGCCAGGACUGAGCACCUGGGAGCCUUUCUCUCUGCUCAAAACACAGGUGGCUCUCAGUCUGAGACCUAGGAGAGUUGUCGGACUGUACAGCAUCCAAGGGGCCGCUUACCUUUUGCUGAUCUUCAGUCAUAAAGCUAUUUGCUAGACUUGAAUGAAUGAUAAGAUAAUAUGGUGGUGGGGUUUUAUUACCAUUUCAUUUUGCAGCAGCACGGAACACUGUCCGAGGAGACACCAGCAUUCCUCAGCUUGGCUUUCACAAGGGAGGAGCAUAUAUAGUAGGAAAGGAUAGUAAAUCUUAAGGUCACUGAGAUUUGCUACAGUAGAGCCAAAUUCUUUACUAUAGGCAUAUUAGUAACAGCCUCCUUAUUCUGGCAGAGGUUACAUGUAGAUGAAAAUUAAUUGUAAAUAGUCAUUGAAUCUUCAUAUACUUUUCCCCAAGCCUUAGAGACUCAUGAUAGAAUUUCAUUAGCUUUCUACUGUGAUAUUUAUAUACCCCACAGUGCCUAUUUAAUUAAUAGUCAUAAAGAGCUUCCAAAAUGGCUUUGAUUUCUACUCAUACUCAUUCAGAUUUGGGAAUUUUUUUUUUCAUAUUUGACGAUGAUGUCAGCUCUGUAUUAGAAAUUUCCAGUAAUCAGGUAAGGAGAGAUGAAGAAACAACUGAGUAAAGCAUUUGCAGGUGGAUUUAAAAGACUGAGCCAAAUUCUAUGCUCAAUUCUGAGCAUGGGCUGCUCACCUUCAUUGGGUUGCCUCAGAACAGAAUUGCAGGCAUUUAGCUGAGGAGCCAAAAUUUAGGUUAGCCUAACCUUGAGAAUAAUAUCAAUUCAGCUCCCCUGCUUUUGUUUUUAAUUCUUUUUUCUCUUUUUUUAAACUGCAUUGUGUUCGUCUAGGGACCUAAAGUAUCGUUUAUUCUGAUCAUUGUUCCCUGCAUUCUGAAGCUUUCCUUUGUCCAUUGUUGGCAUAGGCUCUUUUGUACAUAUUUAUUUAUUUGUGUUUACAAAUGCCAGCUCAUUUCAUAUCUUAGCCUUAUAUUGCCUGGAUUUAUUAUUUUUAUUAACUUUCUUUGGGAGAGACUGUAUAUAUGUGUAUAUAUAUGUUUUUUCUAAAUACUUUGUGAAAUCGUUUUCUGUAGCAAUAUCUUUGAAUAUGAUGAAUAAAAGUGACUGUGAGUGCAAAUUAGAAUUAGUAGUAAGAAGCUACUAUAGCUGAUUUGACAUUUUACUUAAAUGGAAAAUGUUUUUCGAAUAAAUACUUCUGUUGUUCGUGUUCCAAAUUAUUCAA